UCCCUGUCACGCAUUGUAUUAGUGUGGAAUUUAAUAAAUAUUUAAUGGUCAUCAGAGAUUCUCAGACUGAUCAAUGUGAAAUUCACAUAGUUUUUCUAAAUAUAAAAAAGCCUGUUGUUUCAAGAAAUGGCUGGAUGAGAUACCUGAAUCAAUUAACUACUAACUACCAAAUGGACUAAAUGAGCCACAUGUUUGUAACAGGUCUAGUGAUUCUGUGAAGCUUCCAAUUUGAUAUCAAACUGCAACAAAAAGUCUUUUAUCUGAUGGAUCACUGAAUUAGAAUGGCCCAAAUGGUCAUUUUUACACUCCUCAACCCAGAUAAGUCUCUGACCUUUUAGUUUAAAUACUCGAAAUGAAGAUCCGCCAGUCUUUUUAAGUUGCAAAUUCGAAAGAGAAUCCCAAACCUAAAAUGGAUGCAGAGAAAACGAAACAUCACUCACGCACGUCUGAGAUAAGUCUUAGCUGACAAAGAAUCUCACUUUUCCAGAGGGCUUAUUCACAGUCUCGGCUUCUAGCGCAAAAUCUGCUUUAGCAAGUCUACACAGAAUUCACAAGCUCAGAUUCCUUUACUUUCCUCCUGUUAGAGGAUUCUCAAGUAAAUCCCACAUUCUUUCCUCAGGGAAGCUAAGCAUGUUUUUAAACCCUGUACAGGUUUUCUGCUGUAUAAACCAGUGCAGGGCAACCUUAACUAAGGUCCUGUUCGCGUUAUUGGACAGUCUCAAUUUCUUUUUUUUCCAGACCACUUGGGGUAGUGCAGCGGAAAGCAUCCACAGCGCUUAACACUGUUCGCCUCAGGGUUUGUUUAGUUUGGCAACACAUGCUAACUGCAGCAGUGUCCAGUAGCAAGUACUGUACUUUGCUGCUGUCCAGUGAUGACCUGUCCUUGCGUUGUUCAAGACCAGCACUCAGAAGAAUGCCCAUCUCUGCUGUGCAUGCAUAAGACAUUCAAUCAUCCCCCCACCCCCCCCACCCCAAAAAAAAGCAACUACUAUCUCAAAUGUCUGUAAAAGUCUCUUAUAGAUUUAGGAAACUCAGUCUUUCACAGUGGUAAAAUGGCCCUUUUAUUUUUUACCUCCCUUAAUGGUGGAAGCAGUUUGCCAGUUGUCUUCCAACUGGCAGCACAAAUAGAAGGAGAAUAUUCGUCCGUGCAUGCUCUCUUCUUCCUGAGCUUUUCUCCGGGACAUGCUCAACCCCUCCAGCAUGACCUCGAGUUUUGUGAAGUGCUGAUGGGACAUGGAAGAGAAUGAGCUCUGUGCGGAGACCGGAAGUGAGCUCCUGCGAGGUGAAGACGGUGUUGCAGACGAAUCGGAGUGUGAGCAUCACCCCUGCCAGAUGCCAUGCAUAAGUCCCAGCAAGCCAAGCCUGGGUCAUCAGCACUUCCCGAUUACUGUGCACAUUUCUGAAGAUUCCCAGGCAUCCCAGCAUCCCCCGGAACCAGCACCCCCGAAUCAGGCUGACGAACUCAUCAUUUUUGAUCAGAAUGGGCGCCCAGUGCAGUACGAGCGAAUGAUGAUUUUCGCUGGCCAGUCGGAGAAUGGACAGGUCUAUGUGAUUCCAUCCAGCCAGCUGGGAGCGGCACAAGUCUUACUACCUCAGGGACAACUCUUAGACAUAACACAUACGCCAAAUUCCUGCGAAGAUAAAGUCAGCAGGGAUGAAUUACAGACUGUUGCACUGACGGCAAUAGCAGAUAGCACUAGUAACUAUGUGGUACCGAUGCAGCCAGUCAGCACUGUGGCCAAAAACCCAGCGCUAAGUUCGACUGAGUGCUUCACAGUGCCUCUACAGCUGCUACCGCCCAGCACUCCUGCUUGGGCCCAGAGACUGCGGAAUUGUGAGAAAAUCGGGGACUCGUACCGGGGCUACUGCACCAGUGAGGCGGAGCUGGAAGCAGUGCUGACCAUGCACAAGCAGCAGACCCAGAGCGUGUGGGGCACCCGCCAGUCUCCCUCCCCCGCCAAGCCGGCCACCCGCCUCAUGUGGAAGUCCCAGUACGUGCCCUACGACGGCAUCCCCUUCGUCAACGCAGGCAGCAGGGCGAUUGUAAUGGAGUGCCAGUAUGGCCCAAGACGAAAAGGAGUCCAAUCCAAGAAGACUGGUGAAAAUGAGAUUAUCUUAAACCAGCAGUACAAGGCUACUUGUCCAGCUAGGUAA